GCAAAACGCGAGCGAUUUUUGUUCAGUUGUUCGAGUAACUUUGCACGAAACAAAGGCGAAAAUCGCACGCGGCAGAAACAGCAAACGACGGAAUACACAGCAAACCAAAAAUGUCCCUUUACCCGAGGCGGCUCAGUGGCAGCCUGUUGGUGGUAGUGCUCCUUGUAUUGGCGCUAACCACCGAGGAUGUGGAUGCCAAAUGGAAGUCCAGUGGCGGCAGAAGCCGCGGAAGCUCCAGUUCCAGUUCCGGCAGAAGGACCUCAUCCCCAUCCUAUUCAGCUCCCUCCUACCACGUUCCUUCUUACCACGCUCCUUCCUACCAUGCGCCACCUGCACACCACUCAGUUCCAGCACACCACUCAGCUCCUGCACACCACUCAAACGUGGACAACACGAGGCUGAGCUACGGCGGUGGAACCCAUACGCAGCCGGCCAAGGUGGCCAUUCCGCAGACACACAGUGCGGCGCCCUCGGCCCCCGCCUCCCCAAUCGGCUGGAAUGUCCCUGCCAAGCCCCAAGGACCUCCGCCGGCCUACUCCCACUCGAACCCCGUGGGUGGAGCUCACACCAACAUCAACGAGCGUCCGCCAGCCUACAAUCCGGCCUUCAAGCCGGCACCACCUAGCUAUACGGCGGCCACCCAGACGCACGGCAGCCCGAGUCUGCAGAGUCCAUCCCGUCCAGCCAGUCCAAGUUCCAGUGGAUCCCACUACUAUGGCGGAGCAAACUCCAACACUGGCUACCGCGGGCGCAGCAACUCCACGGGAGGAUAUGGAUCGUCGGGUGGCUAUCAGCCCAUCACUGCCACCAAUGCCCACAACGUGCAGUCGAGCUAUCCGCGCCAGCAGUUGCCACCCGGAGCCACCUACCAUCCAGCUGGUCAGAUUCCGGCCGGAGCCACCUACCAUCCCUCCGGCGGAUAUCCGGCAGGAGCCUCGUACCACCCGGCUGGCCAGGUGCCCCACGGAGCCACUUACUACCCGUCGGGCCACGUUCCGGCCGGAGCCACGUACCAUCCCGCCGGCAGCUAUCCGGCCGGAGGCGGAUACUAUCCCCAAGGACCCGUGGCCGGAGGAGUCCCAGCAGGAGCCACCUUCCUGCCCGCCGGAGGAGCCCUGCCCCCAGGAGCUGUUUACUAUCCGCAGGCGCCGCAAAAGUCCUCUUCAGGCUUUGGAUUGGGCACUGGUCUCAUUGCUGGAGCCUUGGGUGGUGCCAUCCUGGGUCACGCCCUCACUCCAACCCAAACCCGUGUGGUGGACCAUUCGAAUUCCUACUCCGGCGGUGGAGGAGGUGGUGGCGGCGGCGGCGGCGACGACAAGAUCAUAAUUAUCAACAACGGCCCACCUGGAUCUGUGACCACCAGUGAUGUGGGGUCUGGCACUACGGUGAUAAACACUGGAGGAACCCAGGCAGCGGCUAGUCCCUCGCUGCCAGUGCCACCUGUUUACGCGGCUCCUCCUGCUCCUGGCGUCCAAGCUCUUCCUGUUCCACCAGUUCCAGGAGCUGUGCCAUUGGCGCCUUUGGGUCCUUCCCCACCAGCCCCGUCUGAUCCUUCGGCUCCAGCCCCUGGAACUGGAACACCAGUUGGCCCUGGAACUCCAGUUGCCCCAGGAACACCAGUUGCCCCAGGAACUCCAGUUGCCCCUGGAACUCCAGUUGCAGCAGGUGUCCCGGAUCCAGCGGAUCCCAAUGCCCCAGUUCCUCCUGCACCUGGCGCCCCCGCUGAUCCCAAUGCCCCACCUGCUGGACAGAUUAUUUGUGUGCCCGUGAAAGUACCACAACCAGAUCCGAAGGAUCCCACCAAGACGAUCGAGGUGGACCAGAUCGCCUGCUAUCCAGCACCACCGCCGGAAACUGCUCCUCCGGCCAAUGGAACCGCACCCGUUGAGGGGCCUGUGCCCGCUCCGAUUUCUGGCCCGGGAGCGGUCCAACUAGCUCCCUUCGAGGCCACUACGCCCUUAACCAUUCCAGAGGGAUCUGUGCCGUUGGCUCCAAUAAUCCCCGGCAGUCAGCCGGAUAUCAUGAGGAUGCCGGGACUCACCCAGGCAAGACUGUCCGCUGAAUCGGGAUUGAAAGAUGCACACAGUGUGGCUGGGCCAACCUUCGGACACUUCAGCCUCAUCUCCACUGUGGUGACCCUGAUUGUGGCCUACUGUCUCCACUGAACGCCCAUCUCCACUUCAAUCAUUUCUCAAUCAAGGACGCAGUGUUAUUGGCAACCGGAAAGCUUUAACUAAUUUAUUGCCAUUCUGUGGGACACGAGAUUCAAAUAGAUUUAUAAAUCUAGCCGCAACCAAUAGGUUCUCUUUAUAUAUUUUGUAAAAAAACGAAUUUUUGAUAUGUACUCGGAGUUCUGCUAGACCUCAAACUAAGCCACCAAUAAAUGUAUAAACUAUUAAAA